AUGGCCGAGCAGGACGUGCCAGGAGCAGUGACGCCGGCUGGCAGCGCAGGGGGUGUGCGGAGACGCGGCUCCCCGCCCUCAGGUGACUCGCUGGAGGUCACCAAGCUGGAGAGGAGUGCCGGGAAUCACGGAUCAGAGGAACCCAGCAGAGUCUUGCUGAGCUUGGAUCUCCUCACCAUGGCCCAGUACCGCAAGACAUGCAAUCGUUCCAGCAUUGACGCCACAGCGCUGGCUCCAAGAUCAGAGAACACUGACCACAUGAUCUUCCGGUCCAUCACUGUGGCUGUGGCCCUUUGUGGACUGUAUUCUCUUGUCUGCCAAAUCCUGAAGCUUUUCCUGCACUAUUCCUUUCACCUGCAUGACACCUUUAUGGUCCUGAGGUUCUUCUUCUACUUCACUGGCCUGGGCAUCACGACCGCCAUCAGCUUCCAGCACUGUCUGUCCUCCUUCUUCCCUAUUUGGUAUCAGUGUCGUUGCCCCAAGCACCUGUCAGGCAACGUGAGCGCCCUGCUCUGGAUUCUGAUCUUUUCGGUUAAUAUACUGAGAGGUCAUGCCUGUGGUCAGUUUAUUCAUCCCAAGGACAAAGUUCGGUCCCGCACUGACGACGCCACCACCGUGUGGGUCCUCCUCCCGUUCUCCAUCCUGGGCUUGUCCAGCCUGCUGUUGCUCCUCCGAGCCCAGGCGAGCUCCCAGCAACACUGGCCCAGAAAGCUCUACCUGGUCCUUCUGCUGUCGGUCCUGGGCUUCGUUCUCUUCGGGCUGCCCCUCUGCAUCGUCAGCUGCCUCGUAGCUGACAUGAAACAUCACACUCUCAGCGAUGUCUGCAUCCACCUGUCCUGCACCAACAGCACCGCUAACCUUGCUAUUGACUUCUUCACUGGGGGCCUUCAGACACAGCGGCUGAGGGAGCCCCUCAAGGUGGUCCUCCAAAGGGCCCUGGGUGAGGAAACAGAGGAUGGUGAGGAUGGGAAGGCGCCCCUGACUGGCAAGGUGGAGAGGGUGGACCUCUGA